UUAAAAUCCUUUUCGCCUCAUCAUGUCUCUUCGGCCAUCUUCCCUCCGUCGUUGCCUUCACCUUCGUUUUCGUUCACAUAACCGUCUCCGAAAUCCACCAGAAAAACGAUGGCGACCCUCGCCGGCACGAACGUCUCCUCCCCCAGGCUCGUGACCAGGCCGCCCUGCUCGUCCCGUCCUCGGCCGCAGAGCCUCGGCCUCCCGCGGCUGAGCCGCCGCCCCCCUGGGAGGAUCGGGGGCCGGUCGGUGAGGCCGGUGGUGGUGGUGGCGGCGGCGCCGGAGCAGAUAGGGGAGAAGGUGGCGGAGAGCAUAAGGGAGGCGGAGGAGAAGUGCUCGGAGAACCCGGUGAGCGGGGAGUGCGCGGCGGCAUGGGACGAGGUGGAGGAGCUGAGCGCGGCGGCGAGCCACGCGCGGGACCGGAAGAAGGAGUCGGACCCGCUCGAGAGCUACUGCAAGGACCACCCGGAGACCGACCAGUGCCGUACUUACGAUAAUUAGAAGUUUAGAUUUAGAUAAUAUCCGGUCAAUUUUAUUUUUGAAUAAAUAAUUUCUCUUUUUGUUUUGGUGGAAUGAACUUUUCCUUUUUUUUGUUUGAAGCUUUAAUGGUUUGCUUUGGCUUUUGUAAAAUUAAGGAAAAUGCAAUAUGUGGGGGUGUAAGCUAUGGUUGAUUUUCUGCUGCAAAAUAACAAGUUAUGUUUUUUUUUUGUUCAUUUAGCAUUUAGUAUUAUGCGAUCUAUUAUCGUGAAAUUAGCAUGGAA